UUGAAAAUAUCUUCACAACAAAAAGAUAUUUCUGUGGGAAGAGAUUUGGUGAAUUUACUAACAGAAAAUACACGUAUAUUGUUGUGUAAUUUUUUAUAUUUUACUUGAAAGUUACGUAGCCCAUAUCUUGCUAACAACUUCUACCUUUCUCUUGUGAUUUUCUUCAAAAAAUUAAAAUAUAUAGGACGGAUAAAAGUUACCCAGCCAAUGUUCAUCUUUUAAGCCAACUUACAACAUUGCAAAGCUGAGCUGUGCUGCAGAUUUAAGUAUGUCUCGGAAGCAUAAGAAUAGCGGAAGAGUCAUUUGGACAAAUGAACAAUUUACUUCAUUUGUUGAUAUUUGUGUUAGAGGAACUAAUAUUGGUCAGAGGAGUGGAGGUGGAUGGGGUGACAAAGGAUGGAUUUGGGUAGAAAAUGAGAUGAAACUAAUUGGUUUAAUAUUUACAAAAGAGCAAUUAAAGCAUAAAUGGGAUUGGAUGAAAGAACAGUGGAAAAUUUGGAAAGAUCUGAAAGGGAAAUCAACUGGAUUAGGGUGGAAUCCUAUUACUGGCACAAUCGUUGCGUCUAAUGAAUGGUGGGAUGAAAAAAUUCAAGAAAACCCCAGUUUUGCUAAAUUCCGUGAAAAAGGAAUCGGUAAAGAGCUUUAUGAAAAAUAUGAAAUUAUCUUUUUAAGUACUGUGGCUACUGGAGAUUAUGCAUAUGCUCCAUCUUCCGGAGUUUUACCUAGUGACCUUGAAGAAAUUACGCAUGAUGAUGUGCUUUCUACACAGCAAAGUGGUCAUACAGAAAAUACUUUUAAUGAUUACCUAAACGACAUGACUAGUGGAGGGUUAAACAACGAGUCAUCAUUUACCGAUCUUCUUUUCGGAACAGUAAAUUUGGAAAAUAUUGGAAGUAAUGCUAGUCAACCGAGUAGUAAAAAGCAAAAGAGGACAAAUUCUCAAACUAGUGAGGAAAAAGAUAGGAAAAAAACGAAUAAAGGAAAGAAGAUGUCGGGUACUGAACAAGUAACCAAUAUAGUUAGAGAAUUAAAUGAGGGUAUGCAAGAAAGUAUGAAAAAUAAAACUACUGCUUUAUGUGGAGUUUUAGGAGAUCGCCCAGGAUGUUCCAUUGAAGAAGUUAUGAAUGACGUUCUUCGUUUACCACAAAUGCAAGAGGCUAGCGAUAUUCAUUUUUUUAGUACUUUAUUGUUGGACCAGAAAUCGAAAAGAGAGAUGUAUAGUACUCUAAAAGACGCUGAAACAAAAUGGAAAUGGCUUGACUAUCAUCACUCUCUGUGGGUGAAAGGCUUAUGGAAACCGAAUAACUAGAUUUUUUAUCUAGUUAGCUUUUAGAUUUAAUAGUUUAGUAGUUAUUUUUAGAAAUAGUUUAGUA